AUGAAAAAUAACUUACUAGAAGCUUUAAAUGAUAAAACAGUACUAUUAGAUAUUACAGAACCAAUAAAACAAGAAAUACGAACAAACACUUAUGAUGCAUUUGAAAGAAAUGGUACUAAACAUGAGGCGGCUGUUCCAAUAGGAGUAGACUAUACACUCAUUCCAAACGAAUUUCAAGAGUUUACAGCCAAAACUUAUAAUUUCGAGUUAGACAUAUUCCAAAAAAUUUCGUUAUGUGCUCUCGAGCGCGACGAAAGUGUUUUAGUUAGUGCGCACACAAGCUCGGGAAAAACUGUUGUGGCUGAAUAUGCCAUAGCAAUGUCUCUAAGAGAUAACCAAAGAGUUGUUUACACAUCACCAAUCAAAGCACUUAGUAACCAAAAAUACAGAGAGCUAUUAGAAGAAUUUACCGAUGUCGGACUAAUGACCGGUGAUGUGACGAUUAAUCCUGGUGCGUCGUGUUUAGUUAUGACGACAGAAAUAUUACGCAAUAUGCUGUAUAGAGGUAGUGAAGUCAUAAGAGAAAUACAUUGGAUUAUAUUUGAUGAAAUACACUACAUGAGAGAUCGCGAAAGAGGAGUUGUAUGGGAAGAAACAAUUAUUUUAUUACCAUCACACGUUCGUAUGAUUUUUUUGAGUGCGACGAUUCCUAACGCACUUGAAUUUGCAGAGUGGAUUUCGUAUAUACAAAAGCAGGUGGUGCAUGUCGUAUAUACGGAAAAACGCAUCACACCACUUGUACACUAUUUUAAAACGGAUAAACUUUACACAAUUAAAGAUUCUGAAUUCCAUAAAAAUGAGUUUUAUAAAGCUAUGAAAACGGUCAAAAAAGGUAGAAUAAAUGAGCGAAAUAUUAUUUCAGUCAUUAGAGAUGUUUCGUUGCCUGCAGUUAUAUUUUCGUUUAGGAGGAAAGAUUGCGAAUAUUUUGCUAUAAGGCUUAUUGAUGAUUAUCUUAAUGAUGAAGAAAAAGAGGCAGUAAAUACGGUGUUUAGGAAUGCGAUAGAUUCUUUACGUAAAGAAGACAGAGAACUUCCUAUUAUUAAUAACAUUUUACCUCUUCUUUUACGAGGUAUUGGUAUACAUCAUUCUGGUUUACUUCCCAUUAUUAAAGAAAUUGUUGAAAUUUUAUUUCAGGAAGGGCUUUUAAAAGUUCUUUUUGCAACAGAAACAUUUUCAAUUGGUCUUAAUAUGCCUGCUAAAUCUGUAAUUUUUACCUCGCUAAAAAAGUUUGAUGGUGUUAAAACGCGCCACCUUACCAGCGCAGAGUAUAUUCAAAUGAGCGGACGAGCGGGAAGAAGAGGGAUUGAUGAAAAGGGAAUUGUUGUUAGUCUUUUAAGUGAUGUUAUGACAUAUGCAGAGCUAAAAGAUUUAUUUUCGUGUUCUAAAGAUAAUUUAAUCAGUGCUUUUCGUUUAACUUAUAAUAUGAUUCUUAAUUUAAUGCGUGUGGAAGGUCUUGAUCCUUUGUAUCUUAUUAGUAGAUCUUUUCAUCAUUUUCAAGCCUUUAAGAAAGGUAAAGAAAAAGAAAGCGAGCUAUUUGAGAUGUAUAGUCUUAUAAAAGAUCUACCUAAAACUAAAUUAGUAGAUUUAUUAACUGAGCUGGAAAAUGAAAAAGUGGUUAGAUGUAAAAAAUUGUCUGUUCAAUUUAGACCUUUUGUUAAAAAGGGACGUGUAGUAGAUCUUUUUAUACCACGUUUUGGUGCUAGUAUUUUUAUUAAAAAUGCUAUUAUAGAUGAAAUAGAAGAUGAACAUAUUGUAUGUCUUGUAUUUACUAAAGAAUGUAUAAAAAAGAUAACAGUAGAUAUUAAUACGGUGUAUAUGGUAUAUGAUUUUAGAGCUAAAUUCAAUCCAAAAGUUUUUUAUAAAGAUUUUGAAAAAAUUACUUAUAUUGAAGAUAAUGACUUAGUUAAUGAAUUAGAAGAGAAACUUAAAAAAUCUUUUCCUAAUAUUAAUUUACAAUAUUGUAUUAUUUGUAAUAAGAUUUUUCCGGAAUGCUAUUAUUCGUGUUCUAGCUAUUUUUUAAGUGGUGAGGAGUAUAAAAUAGAUGUAGACUGUUCUUAUAUUUUUGAUAAUAAAAUAAAAAAACCGGCAAAAGAACCUUUUUACGUAGAUUUAGAUACGGUUAAUUAUAUUAAAAACGAAAUAUAUAAAGAUGCCUAUAAAAAUAAAUUCAAAGAGAUGUCUAAACUUAAAGAAAUUUAUCAUAUGGACGAAUGUAAAAAAAUGAUCAAUGUUCUUAGAGACUUGGAGUAUGCUGAUGAUACUACUGUCGCGAUUAAAGGAAGGUUGGCGUGUGAAAUAUCAUCUGGAGAUGAAUUGGUGCUAACAGAAAUGAUUUUUAACGGUGAUUUUCAGAAAUUGGAGGUAGAUGAUUUUGUUCCUUUAUUGUCCUGUAUGGUUUUUGAAGAGUGGAAUGAAGAAGAUUUUGUACUUUCGGAUGAAAAUAAGAAGUUGUAUUCGUUGAUUGAAGAUUCUGUCAGAAAAGUUUGUCGAGUUCUUCAUAAACAUGGAUUAGAAGGAACACCUAAAAAAUACCUUAGAAAGUUCUCGUAUGAAAUGAUGGAUGUUGUUAAAAUGUGGUGCCGUGGACAUACAUUUUUAGAGAUUUGUAAUAGUACAGAAGUAUUUGAAGGAAGUAUUAUUAGAACAUUUAAACGAUUAGAAGAAUUACUAAAGCAGCUUAGCAAUGCUGCACGUGUCAUUGGGAAUAAUGAAUUAGAGAAUAUGUUUAGUGAUGGUAUUGUUAAAAUCAAGAGAGAUAUUGUCUUUGCAAAUUCAUUAUAUUUAUAA